AUGGAAAAUGGCAACAGGGGUACUGUUAAGAAAGUCCCUGUUCGACUGAAGUCGAAGAUCUACAGGACGGUUGUGCGCCCUGUUGCCCUUUACGGAUGCGAGUGCUGGCCGACGACGAAAGCCUUGGAAAGAGUGCUGCACGCUAUGGAGAUGCGGAUGUUGAGGUGGACGACAGGUGUAACGUUAAAAGAGAAAGUAUCCAACGACACUGUACGUUCCAUUUUCGGCGUCGUCCCGAUAACUGAGAAGAUGAAGGAGGCGCGACUGAGAUGGUUUGGUCACGUCUUGCGGCGGGAGGACGAUUCUGUUGCCAAAACCGCUCUGAAGCUCGAUGUUUCAGGAGUGAGGCCGCAUGGGAGGCCAAAGAUUCGCUGGUAA